UGUGAACUCGACCUCUGCCGAAAGUCGGAGCUGAAUCGCCUGUCAUGUCGUCGGCUGGAGAAACUAUGGAUGUUGAACCGGAUGCUCGUUCGGUAGACCAAAACAGUGAUGCGACCAAAGUCUCAGACACGACCAGCGAGGUCGCUCUGCGAGCGCGGUCGCCGUCCAACCAAGUCAAAGUGGCAGCACAGGAGGAUGCCGUCGGCCACGAUAGUUCUCAUUUGUUACAAGACCCCGACAACACUGGCACUCUGGACCCUACCGCUGCAACACAGCAACUCUCAGAUAAUCGCGAGCCCUCGUACACACGGCAGGAACCCACCACCUCCCAAAUCCGUCAAGUCCCAGAGAUCUCGGCCAUCGCAUCUCUAAAACACGAACACAGCUCGCGCACACAAUCUCCUCUGCGCGAAUCAUCGGUUCCUGUGCCUUCAACCGAAAUGGCCGUCGCCGCCGCCGCUCCUGCAGCGCCUCCUAAGAGGAGUCACCACAAGAAGAAAGGCGUCGCAGCAGUUGCCACUACUAAGCGUAGUGCCCCUGCCCCUGCUAAGCGCAGUCACAAGAAGAAGAUCGUCUCUACCUCCGCCACACCGGCUCAGUCUUCACCAGCCCCUCGCUCCGUACGCACAGCCUCUACACCACCAAGAUCGUCACCCGACGUCGAUGCAGAUGGCGAGGGUCCUUUCUCUGGAGAUGAGGGAGAAGAGGAGGAGGGCGGCAACAUCUCCGACAGCGAACUCUACUGUAUCUGCCAUAGGCCGGACACGGGUACUUUUAUGAUAGGCUGCGACGGAGGCUGCGACGACUGGUUCCACGGAAAAUGUGUAAAUAUCGAUGAGGAGUGGAAGGCUCUGAUCGACAAAUACAUCUGUCCCUUCUGCGAAGAGAAGGGAGUAGGCGAGACGACUUGGAAGAGAAUGUGUCGCCGUACAGGUUGCAACAAGCCAGCCAUGGUAUCAAAAGGCACAAAAUACUGCUCGGAGAGAUGCGGCAAACUGUUCAUGAAAGAGUUGGUAGCGGAAAGGACACGCCAGGCGGCCGAAGAAGGCAUAUCAAAGAAGAACAAGGAAACGACCGAAGACCUAGGAGCCCGCGGCGGUGUCAUCAGCGCAGGCGAACUCAAAGCCGUAGCCGUGGCAGCACCCACCUUCGAACAAUUCAAAGCCCUCGGCGAUGGCUCCGUAUCUCCUCUAUCCGCUUCCUCUCCCACCGCCGCAGCAACACAAGAAGAAGACACGACCCACGAAUCGGCGCUCAACGACAUUGAACGCGAACGCAUCCAGCAACUAUACCAACUCCGCUCGGCCUCUCGCACCCGCCACGCCCUUCUCAAGGACCGCUACAUCUUCGUCGGCAUCCUCAAAGACGCUGCCGUAAGUCUGGCCGAGCACAGAGGCGUCAAGCCCAAAGACCUCUGCGGUUACGACUCCCGCCUUGCGUGGACCGAAGAUGAGUUCGCCGUCUGGCAAGACUCCCCCGCCGGCAAGGAAGUUCUAAGAACAAAGGCCCUGCCGCCACCUUCAAUCGAAGAUGGAGACGGCGAUGUCAACAUGUCAAGUGGUGGUGCAGAAAUUGAGCCCGUCUGCACCAAGAGGAAAUGCGCCAAACACUUCGACUGGUCCAAACUGGCCACCGAGGACACACGCUUUGAAAUCCAGCAGAAUUCAGAAGUGAUGAAGGGUCUGGAGAAAGAAGAAAAGGAAAUCAUCGAAAGAGCUAGACUGAGAGCUAGAGAAAUCAAGGCUGGAGGUGUAGGCGGCACAGUCGAGUUUCAUGAUGAGGUUCCCAAAGAGAGUAAAGAGGACAAGGCCAUGGGAAUUGAGCCUGUGGUCGAACAUCCCAAGGAUAUCAAGAUGGAUGAGGAGAAGGACGUCAAGGUCGAAGCUUCCCAGGGCUCAGAAGAGCAGGAGGCCAAGGAAGUCAAGACGGAAGUAGUGGAGGACGAUGAUGACGACGAUGACAAUGAAGUCGACAUGGUUGAUGCCAUUGCGGCUACUGUCUGAAAGGUCUGAUUACUACAUUGCAUGGAUUGGCGUUUAUCAGGAAAGGGAAAACCCGAGUUAUACCCACAGGGAGGACAAAUCAUUCGAGCGAACAAAGCAUAGCAUAGCAUACCAUAGCAUAACACCAUCACAAGAAACCAUCACAAGAAACCAUCCGUUUUCACGUCCA